AUGGAGAAACUUCAAGCUGCUAUUGAGAGAAAGAAUGUUCAGAAAACUCUAGAUAUCCUCCAUAACAACGCCUCAUCGAACAUAUUUAGAUCUAACUUAACGCAUCAUUAUUGUUCGUAUGAGGAGAGAGGGAAACCUGUAAGGACGACUGACGAUACGAUUCUUCAUCUUGCAGCAGCGCAUCUAGACGAGUCUCAAAACGUUAUCAUACAAGAGUUGGUUAAACUGUCACCCGAGCUGCUGGAACGUCGUAAACAAAAUGGCCACCAAGGGCAAACCCCCUUGCAUAUCCUUAUAGUUAGAAAUCAAAACGAAACACUAAGAAAAAUAAAGGAUUUGUUGUCCUCUGAUCUGACAGUUGGAGAUACUGUAAGAAAUAACAUAUUCAACCCCAAGGUAACAGGUGCACUUUUCUCCAAGACUGUCAUGGAGGGAGAACUACCCUAUAUAGUAGCAGCUCUUACUUUAGACACAAAAACUGCCAGAUUAGUGAUCGAGAUGACAGGUCAGCAUAUAAAGGCACAGAAUGGCAAGGGAAAUACGGUGUACCACUGUCUAGUGGAGCAUGCAGCCAGACACCCGAAUAAGAUACCGGAAGUAACAGCCAUGUGGGAUUUUCUUUCCUCUUUCGGAGGCGAAAAUGCAGCUGAUUUGAACGAUCUCCAUAGAAAAUCUGCGUUGGCGCCAAAAUACGCUUUUAAGUUAUCAAACCAUGAGAAUAUGCGACCAUUACAGCUAGCCGCCAAGCACGGUGUCCCACAACUAUUCAACGUGAUACUGGAUCAUGAAAAGAUCCCUAACGUCAAGGACAAACUUUUUGACUCAUAUCUUUAUGACAUAUCAGUCAUCGAUACAGUCACUCAUUUCAAAGUCCAAAGAAAAAAGAAAGUUGAAAUGAACCACAGCAAACCUAAUAAAGUGGGACCGUGUGAUGAUACACUUUCCCUGAACCCAGCAGCUCCAAGCAUUGAAGAAGUUGGGAGAGAAAUCGAAAAAGAAAAGUUUCAGUACAGCCAGAGUGUGUUAGAGAUGGUCUGUAAUGCGAAGAUUGCCAGGAACAAUAGUUCUGUCUUCGACAUUAUAAAACAACCUCCGAUGAAGAAGCUGAUUGAUCUGAAGUGGAAGACAUAUCGGACACAGUUCUUUCUCUGGAUGUUUUAUCACGCUGUCGUCAUGGUCUGGUACAGUAUAUAUGCUAUACAAUGGGCCUCGGUAACUUUCCCUUCCAACUCUACCCAGUCUGCAAUCACGAACGUCCAGAGAGCCUUUGUGAGCUUCAGUUCCAUCUCACUCAUUUUAACCGUGGGUGUACCUUAUUUCGCUUGUACCGUUUUACUAAUUGUGGCAAGAUGUCUACGCCCUAACACCCUUCAAUACCUAAAAACGGAUAUAGAAUACAUUGUAUUGUUGUUUCUGUUCUCAUUUUGCCUUCUUGUAGAUGGAGCACUGUACCACAUCAACCAGAAGCAUGAUUCCUAUUUUCUUCUUAUCUCUAAUCUCUCUGGAUGGUGGUUUUGCAUUUUCUAUUGUCGUGCUUUCAGAUCGGUAAGUUUCUACGUUGCAAUGAUACAGAAAGUAAUUUUUGGAGAUCUGCUUCGGUUCGGAUUAUUUAUCCUUUUGUCUCUGGUUUCCUUCACUAUUGCUUUCCAAGUCUUGUUCCAAGGCAUCGGAGUUCCAACUGCUUACGGCAGUGAAGACACAACCGAAUCGAUUCAAGUUUUCGCUGGAACACUGCUCACUAACACCCGACUAAUGUUUGGUCUUGUCGAUAUUGAGGUUCUUUACCAGGCUAGGGAGCCCGUGUUGGCCUAUAUUGUCUACAUGGUGUACGUAACCAUGACAUACCUAGUUCUUUUGAAUUCUUUGAUAGCAAUGAUUUCGGAAACGUGUGCCAAAGUGCGCGAAAACGAUAUCGCAUUUUUCCAUACUCAACGACUUUCUGUGAUACUAUUUUUAGAAGAAAUAUCCUAUCCCUUUUGGCGUUUGAGUGAAACGUUUAUCCCAAAUAUUCCAUUUGAAACACGGCCUGUAAAACGAAACGGGGUCGUUCUGUAUCAUAGCUAUUUCUUAAAAAUGACUGACAAACAAUCUGAAAAUGAACAAGUUGACGAAACUCCUAACGCUUUCAAUCAGCCCGUCCAACAAACAGAAUCCGUUACUGUAAACAUACAACAGCCUUUCUAUGAGGAAUACAUUGACAACGAAAAUAAAAAAGUGUCUGUACUCAAAUGGGGCAAUGGACAAUCACAGAAAAUCGCCCGAAACUAAACCUGUAUACAAGGGUGGGUUUCUUCCCCGAAGUCUCAAUUUUUAGUGGUUUUUACCAAAUGUUUUAAAAGAGAUGUAUUUUUCUUGUGAGUCAUAACUUGGUUAUGAUUCUCUGAGUAAAUUUUAUAUUCAAAUUACAGUUUACUACAUCACAAGAAUAUACCGACAUAAAAAUAAAAACAAAAGAAAGAUUUACUGAUAUCUAGGUCAAAUCCAGGUCAUGUCACAUUCUGAAUAAGAUAAAAAAAAAAUAAAAAUAUAAAUAAAUAAAGAUGCAAUUGAAGUGAAUGUGCUGAGUUCAUACUUAUUGAUGGAUCUUUCGUUGAGUGGGUAUUGAAGUCAAAAACGGAUCUUCUGGCCUCCUUGCAGCAUGUGGAAACUCUAAUGUGAAGUUAUUUUAAUCAUUAGAAAAUACUUAACAUGAACGAAAUUCAUUCUCU